CACGAUGCCCUUCCUGCACGGCUUCCGCAGGAUCAUCUUCGAGUAUCAGCCCCUGGUAGACGAGAUCUUGGGGCUGCUGGCGAUACAGGACGCGGAAAGGCAGAGUGCCCUUGAGAGCCCUGCCUGUCUGGGCAGUGAUAGGAGCCAGCUCUCGGCUGUGAGACGAGUCUUGGAAAGGGAGACCCACUCCCCGUUUUAUCAGGAAGGUGUGAGCUAUGCCCUGCUGAAGGUCACCGAGCUGGGGCUCGUCCCCGCUGCAGAAAUCCUGCUGGAGUUCGGAGCUGACCUCAGCUUUGAAGAUCCAGUCACCUACUACACCCCCCUGCACAUCGCAGUGCUCCGCAACCAGCCGGAUAUGGUGGAGCUCCUGGUGCGCCACGGGGCUGACAUCAACCGCAGAGACCGGAUCCAUGAGAGCAGUCCCCUCGAUCUGGCCAGCGAGGAGCCCGAGCGGUUGCCGUGCCUCCAGCGGCUGCUUCAGCUGGGGGCCGAUGUCAAUGCAGCUGACAAAAACGGAAAGACAGCGCUGUUGCACGCCCUGGCCAGCAGCGACGGUGUCCAGAUCCACAACACAGAGAGCAUCCGUCUCCUGUUGGAAGGAGGCGCGGAUGUCAGAGCCACCACCAAAGACGGUGACACUGUCUUCACCUACGUCAUCUUCCUGCUGGGAGAGAUGGUGUGCAGCAGCGCUGAGGAGGCACAGGUGAUCAAUCGCUUCUGCUUUCGUGUCACACAGCUGCUGCUGGCCCACGGUGCCAACCCCAGCGAGUGCCCGGCCCCCGAGUCCCUCACCCACCUCUGCUUCAAAAGCUUCAAACGCCACUUCCCGCUGCUGCGUUUCUUGCUGGAGUCGGGUGCUGCCUACAACUGCUCCCUCCACGGUCCCUCGUGCUGGUCAGGCUUCCACAUCAUCUUCGAGUGCCUCUGCUCGCACCUCAGUGUCUCUGAAGAUGACAGCUUCUCUACAGACCUCAUCCAGAAGGCUCAGACUCUGCUGGAACUCAUGAUGGCCAGUUCACAAGCCAUCCAGCUGCCCAGCAACUUUGAGGUCAACACCAGCAGCUGUAGGUACCACGGGGAGAAGAUCAGGACUCUCUUCUGCUCUCUGAAGCAGCUGGAACGCUCCCCACAGGCAUUGAAACAUCUCUGCAGGGUGUUUAUCCGGCAGCGCCUUAAACCAUGGCCAGUAGAUGUCAAAAUCAAGGCUCUACCUCUUCCAGACAGGCUGAAGUGGUACCUCCUCAUUGACCACGCUGCUGCCGAGCAGGAGGACCUCUGA